GGACAAGCCCAGGCUUUAUCAGCGGGUUUCCCGCAAGCCAUUCCCCUAAAACAUUGGCAGUGUGGACUACAAAAGUUGGAAGACAGCCACAGGCUUACUUAAUCGGUCCAGACACAGAGUUCGGAAGUGGGGAGGGUGUCAGUUGGUAGAAACAUGGGGAAGAAGUGGAUGAAUUGUACCAUGAUGAUUGUUUCCUGGAGUGUUUUGCUGAUGCUGGUUCGUCUUGGGUCUUCUUGUGCACCUUCAGCGUGGGUUCUCCCAGAAAGAUGCCCUAAGAGUCAGCAGAUUUUGUUGCCCAGUGGGAAGGUUUACUGGGCCGAAAGCCGAGCAGCAACGUACGAGAAAGCCCAGGCCACAUGCCGGCUAAAGGGAGGAAUGAUCGCGGUACCGACGGAUAAGUUUGAGAACUCUGCUCUGGUCUGGCUGAAGAACUGCGUUGACAGAUUUCGGCCGUUUUGGCUUGGAUUACGACGCGAAGAAGACAACCAAACUGCGGCUCAUCGCUGGGUUCACGCUUUCGGGGCAGUCCCUAUUGGCUCGAACAUAAUGAUCACGUGGCCAGGAGGACGACCAUUCAGCGCAUGGGCAGUAGGGGAGCCUAACGUAGCGAAGGACAGACGCUGUGUCAGGAUCGUAAGCGGUUCUCAAAACGGCAGCAGGAGAGACAAGUGGGCGGACGCCAGUUGCAGCAGCAGGCACCGCUACGUCUGUGAGAAAUUCACAGAUCCGGAGUGUAGCCAAUACCAGGUGCUGAUGGAAGGCUCGCGAAGUGUGAAGGUGGAAAAUCGGCGCCCAAGUCGCCACUGUGAUAACCUAGGCUAUCACAGAUGGUACCGGUUCAUGGGGGAGGCCGGCACGGCCAUGCCGACAGAACCGCCGCCGUCCUCCCACCGCUGCGGCUCUGACGCCCCCGUCUGGGUCAACGGGACCAACCCAACCUAUGAAGACGGCGUGGUCGAGCGGCAGGUUUGCGCACGGGUCUCUGGAAACAUCUGUCGCUGGAACUGGAAGAUACACGUGAAGGCUUGUCCCGGGGGAUACCUCAUCUACAAGUUGCCACCGAUAAAGCUUAAAAGAUGCCGGUCAACAUAUUGCGGUCUAGGAAAUAACGUGACGGUUAAAGACGUUGUCACUAUCAUAUCUAAGAAAGAUGGAGAUGCAUCUGAAGGGUUCUACAAGGAAGGAAAUGUUUCUAACGACACGCCUCUACAAGGAUGCAGCAGUUACGAGGAGUUGAGUGAAGCUUGGAGAAGUGCCCACGUGUGGACAUAUCCCGGCCACGAUCAACACUUUAAAUGCGACGGGAGACAUACAGCGGUAAACGGAAGCUGGUACCGUUUCACCGGAGCAGCUGGCGACAUGAUGGUCACGGAGCGCCCCCUGACGACUAAUCGGUGCGGUACACACGCUCCCGUCUGGAUGAGAGGGACGCACCCGACACUUGAUGAGGGGGUUGUGAGACGGACAGUCUGUGCUUUUUAUUCAGAUAGACGAUGUCUUUGGCGUUGGAAGAUCCACGUCAGGGCGUGUCCGGGGGGAUAUUAUGUCUACAAGUUGCCGCCACCACCGAAAUGCAACACUGCGUACUGCACAAACGGUACUGAAUUACUAGUAUAAAUCAUAUUCGAUUCAUGGGAGAAGGUGGCAGUAAGAUGGCGACGGAAUGCCCCCUAACGACCCGUUGUCGUACUACACAUGUCUAUGUUUGAUGGUGCGCAUGUCCCGUGGGUUACUGGUCUACUAAACACUAAAGUAUUACGAACGAAGAUGUAGUAACCUGUACAACAGACGAUACGAUAUUCAGAUAUGAACAGUUAUAAUUAAUAGGUGGAUGGGGUUUCAAGAUCCAUUAAUACAUAAUGUAUGUCAACUAAAUGUUCACUUAUGACA